AUGUCCACUGACGAUGACAAUGACGACGACGAAUACAUCAUACACGGGAAAUUGUUGGAUCCUAUACAUGAAGAUGAGGUCGUUAAAAGAAAAGAUGCUGAACAACAGUUUGUUAAAGAUGAAAACGGAAGAAGAAGAUUUCAUGGAGCAUUUACAGGCGGUUUUUCUGCUGGAUUUUAUAAUACUGUUGGUUCAUUAGAAGGAUGGACACCAAGCACAUUUAAAUCAUCAAGGGACUCAAAAACUACACUUAAGUCACAAAAUGCUUAUGAUUUUAUGGAUGAAGAAGAUAAAAAAGACUUGGGAAUUGAUGCAUCAAGUUUAAAAAUCAAAGCAGAAUAUAGUGAUCAUUCUUCAAGAAAACGUCAACUUCCUAUAGUUAAUACUGGCCCUAUCCCUGGUAAACCAGUGCUUGGAGAAAUUCUAAAACCCAUUAAAGGUACGUGGGGUGUUGAAUUACUGAGAAGUAUGGGCUGGAAGCCAGGUCAAGGAGUUGGUCCUCAACUUACACAGAGAGAAAAAUUGCGCGCUAAAAAGGAAUUGGAAAAUGUUGGGAUGAAAUUUAGUAUCAAUACCAAGUACGAUGAUGACGAUGAUGAUGAAGUGAAUGAAUUAUUAGAGAACAUUAAAGUUUCGCCUUAUGAAUAUGAGUCUGUAGCCAUUAAACCAAAAUUUGAUACUUUUGGGCUUGGUUAUGAAGGUCUCAAGACAACUAAUGUUUCAGUAAAAUCUGAGAACAAGUACAGCAAGCUUACUGUUGGAGGAAAAUCUAUUCAUGGACAAGCUUUUGGAGUUGGUGCAUAUGAAGAUGACGAUGACGAUAUUUAUGCCACUGAAGAUAUGACAAAUUAUGAUUUUAGUUUGGAAGAAAAGUCUCAAAAAUCAAAAAAUAAAACACAAACUAACAAUAUGAAUUCUGAAUGUAUUGAUGGUUUUGUUGAAGAUGACAGUAAACAUGGAUUGUUUGAAGAUCUUCCGCUUCCCAUACAAAUUCCUCCUGAAUGGCGUCCUCAUGGAAUGUUUGAUCGAAUAGUAGGACAAUGUCCUCCUGAUUUUUUCAGUCAAUCAUUUAAUCCUACAAAUAUUUCUUAUACUAAUGUGAAUACUAGACAACGAGAAAUGAAAAAACCCGAACCACCACCAUCCGUUGAAGAAUUUAUUAAAAAAGAAGUUCCUAGUUUAUUAUCAGAUAUAAUAUCGGAUCGAUUUACAAGAGCAGAAUUACCGGAUGAUUCUACCAACGCUUUAAUACCAGUUGUUCGUACUACUGAUCCAACAUUAGAAAGACUCAAAAACUAUGCCAGCAAACAAAUGUAUGGUUUUUGGACUCGUAAAACUGAGCCUUGGAUUCCUGAUAAAUUAUUGUGCAAAAGAUUUAAUAUUCCUGUACCAAAACAGUCAAUCGUCAAUUAUACAGAAGAUGGUAAGAAGCUUGGAGAGUGCAGUCUCUUUAAUUCUCUAGAAUUUCCAACACAUGAACCUAUAUCAGCCUAUAAAAGUAAAAUUCCAAAUAGUUUACCAUUGGCAAUAAAUGAUGUGAUUUCAGCAAAUGAUAAACCAUUAGGUUUAAAAGAAAGUGUGAUGGAAACAAUUAGUGAUGUUGUAGAAUGUCAGAAACCAAGUGUUGAUUUUUUCAAAGAUAUAUUUUUGGAUGAUAGUGAUGAUGAAACUUUAACUGUUCAAAAUUCAUUAAAAAGUGAAGAAGUAUCUACAAAUGCUAAUGAAAAAGAAGUACGUUUAACCAACAUUUCUAUCAAAAAAGAAAAUAUAGUAGAAUCUAGUGUCCAGAGCUCCACAACAUUCAAUCUUUUUCCUCCCAAAGGAAUUUUUGCUAAUCUAAAUUUUGGUGAUUUAUUUGAUACACCAAAUAAAAGUAAUAAAAUUGGAAAUGAAAACAAAAAUGCACAUAGCAGUAAAAAUCACACUGUUGAUAUUAAUAAAUCAUAUGGUCCACUCUUGCCAGAACAAAAUGACUUAAAUUCAAGUUUUGUUAAUAUUAAGAGUAUUGAAAAUUCAUUUGUUGAAGAUGAUUGGGUGGAAAAAUCAGAAUCGCCCAAUAAUAUUUCAAAUAAUAAAAAUAAACACAGUAAACACAAGAAACACAAACAUAAACAUAAGUCAAAAAAGAAAUCUCAUAAACAUAAAUGA